CGACGACAAUGUCCAAAGCCGACGGCAAGGACAAGGACAGGUUCUCCGUCUCCGGUGGCGGCACCGACGACGGCCGGAGCAGCACGAGCUCGGCCUACGACCCCAAUCGCCUGAGCGGGGAAGGCUCCCCGAUGAUGAUGUCCCCGUGGAACCAGACGACGACGACGCCCUUCACCACCUCGACGUUCUCCGACACCCCGAGCCUCGUCGGAUCCCUCGUCCGGGAAGAAGGCCACAUCUACUCACUCGCCGCCACAGGCGGCCUCCUCUACACCGGCUCCGACAGCAAGAACAUCCGCGUCUGGAAGAACAUGCAGGAAUUUGCGGCAUUCAAGUCCAACAGCGGCCUCGUGAAGGCCAUCGUCAUCUCCGACGACACCAUUUUUACCGGCCACCAGGACGGGAAGAUCCGCGUCUGGAAGGGCGGCGGUGGCGGUGGGAGCCAUAAACGGGUGGGGACAAUGCCGACGUUUUUUGCUGUGUUUAAGGCGUCGAUCAAGCCGAGGAAUUACAUCCGGGCGGCGGUGGCGGCGCGGCGGGGGAAGGCGGCAUGGAUCAGGCAUGGCGACGCAGUGUCGUGCCUGAGCAUGAACAAGGAGAAGGGGCUGCUCUACUCGGCGUCGUGGGACAGGACGUUUAAGGUGUGGCGGGCCGAGGACUUCAAGUGCAUGGAGUCUGUCAGGGCGCACGACGACGCCGUCAACUCCGUGGUGGCGGCGGCGAACGGCGUGGUGUUCACCGGCUCGGCGGACGGGACGGUGAAGGUGUGGAAGAGGGAGGAGGUCGGGAAGCUGAUCCGCCACGCGCCGGCGCAGACGCUGCUGAGCCAGGAGUGCGCGGUGACGGCGCUUGCGGUGAACGCGCCGGGGACGGUGGUGUACUGCGGCGCGUCGGACGGGGCGGUGAAUUUCUGGGAGGUGGAGAAGCACCUGAUGGCGCACGGCGGCGUGCUGAAGGGGCACAAGCUGGCGGUGCUCUGCCUGGCGGCGGCGGGGAGUUUGGUGUUCAGCGGGUCGGCGGAUAUGACGAUCUGCGUGUGGCGGAAGGAGGCGGCGGCGGUGCACACGUGUCUGUCGGUGCUGACGGGGCACACGGGGCCGGUGAAGUGCCUGGCGGUGGAGGCGGACGGGGAAGAUGAUCGGAGAUGGGUGGUGUACAGUGGGAGCUUGGAUAAAUCGGUGAAGGUCUGGAGCGUGCCGGAAAUGUCGCCGGACUUACAUCAGCUGUCGCUUAUGCGAAUUAGGGAUGGUCAUGGCGACGAGAGAUGGGAUUCUAUUCCAUCUCAAAAAUAUUUUUGAUUUGUUUAAAGAAAUUAUAUUAGCUUUCGUACUCAAAUCAAUAGGUGUGGAGAGGUCUUUCGAUUUUGUAAGUAAAGAGAGUUCUCACAUUUUUUAGGUGGAAGAUGUUCAACAAUUAGUUGCCCUAACAUCGGUUUUUCUUGAUAAA